UUCGUUUCCAAAAUCAUUCUCAAAACAAAAAAAACAUAAUAUACAUCUAUGCUUAGCAUAUCAUGAGCAAUAUCCCCACAUCUCUCACCGACUCAUCUCUUUCUAUCUUUCUCCUCACUAUCUCUUCUGCCGUCGAUCCUUGGCCCUUUUCUAUCUCCGUCUUCUAACAUCAACCUCUGCCUUUUCAUCGUCCUUCAGCGUUUCAUUCAAUCAGUAAGAAAGACUUUAUCUUUUUAAUGGGUUUUGAAGAUCAAGAAGAGCAGAAACAGAGUCCAAAACAGAGUCAGAGCCAGAUGGUGUUCAAGUUUCACUUUUAUGUUCCCCAUCUCCACAUACACCAUCAUCAUAACCACCAUCAUGUUCCGAAAGGCUGUGUCGCGAUCAUGGUGGGACACGAAGGAGAUGAAGAAGGUCUACACAGAUUCGUGGUUCCGUUGAUGUUCUUGAGCCAUCCUCUGUUUUUGAGUCUCUUGAAAGAAGCUGAAGAAAAGUACGGAUUCAAACACGCGGGCCCGAUUACGAUUCCCUGCCGCGUCGAUGAGUUUAAGCAUGUUCAGGAGAUUAUCGACGAGGAGACUCAUCGUCGUCACAGUCACGGACACAACUACCACCACCACCACAACCAUCUGCCAUGUUUCUGAAGACCUGUUGGUUUGGUUUGGUUUGAUUUGACAUAUAAUUGGGUAUAUUGGUUUGGUUUGACUUUCCUUUUGAGAUUGUUUUAGUUAUUGCAUAAUUUUCGUUUGUAGUUAGUGAUGAUGAUGAAAAACAGCGAGUAGUUGAAUGCGAAUGCGAAUGCUUCUCAGCUAUUACGAUGAAAUCGUGAGGAGUACGAAAUUUCAGUUUGUGGUUGUGGGAUAAUGUAUUUAUUUGUUUUUUUUUUCAAGAAAAGGAAUGUAAAAUUUCUUUUAUUUUUAAUUGAUUUUUACGCGUUCGGCCGUUGGGCGUGUUACUAUUA